AGAGUUAUCCAUGUCAUGGUCCUUUAAAGAUUGACCAGCUUUUAAGAAUUCUUCUCCAAGAAUCCAGAAUCUCCAGAAUCUCUGCUCCAAAAUGACAAAAUGCCAGAUUUUUUCUUUUCUUUUCCAAAUAGCAUACAAUUUGGCAAGAGCUGAAAGACUUGCCCCAACUUGGAGUGAGAUACCAUGAGCUCCCAAAUUCUUGAGUGGAUGUACAGAUAGCAUUCUACUAUCUUAUCUAAAAUACCAUAACCAGCCAGUGAAUAUGUCUUUAAAAAAAAAAGAAAAAAAGUAUUCAUUUCUGGACUGGGUCACACACGCAGAAUCAAUUCUUUUGGUUUAUUCUGUGAAAGUAAACGGCUUCUGAUCUGAGAGACUCGUAUAGACAAGCAAGCAGUCUGGUUUAAAGUACCCAGAAGCAAUAUUUGGUAUCAAUUAAAGUCAGCUGGCUUUUAGAAUUGGAUCUGUGUGUUAUUCCUCCUUCACACCAAUAGGUGACGGUAAUGUGACUUCAAUGGCAUUUGCUAAUCAAAACCAAACGAAGAAGAAUUUGUCGGCCCCUUUUUCGAGACGACAGCACUAUCUUGCGGCUAACUCAAGAUGGCCGCUCCGGACAAUCAGUCAGUUUGUUGACAUUUGUUUUCGAUCCAAAGCAGUUCAGGAGGCCGAAAGAGUUCAGUGUGGCAGCUUGCACAUGACCGGGUGGAGGGACGGACGGAGGCAGGGAGGCAGGCGUGACCCAGACACGGGGCUCAUGUGAGUUGGAACAGAGGCAGGCGUCCAUCGCCAUGUUGCCGCCGCCUUUCUGCGUCAACUCCCCGGCCGGUUGAAUGAACGGAAAGACACUUUUGUACUGACAGGUCACAGAGAAAGUCAAAGUACAAGUGGACGUCAACGCCUGGACUUUCAAAACGGGCCCCGCCUAAGCCAUGACCUCCAAGUCGCCUUUGUUCAAGGUGAUUCUCCUGGGCGACGGCGGCGUGGGAAAGUCCUCCCUCAUGAACCGCUUCGUUAGCAACAAAUUCGAUUCGCGCCUCUUCCACACCAUCGGCGUGGAGUUCCUCAACAAGGAGCUGGAGGUGGACGGCCAAAGUAUCACCUUGCAGAUCUGGGACACGGCGGGCCAGGAGCGCUUCCGGAGCCUGCGCACCCCCUUCUACCGCGGCUCCGACUGCUGCCUGCUCACAUUCAGUGUGGACGACGCGCAAAGUCUUGGCAACUUGGACAACUGGAAGAAAGAGUUCGCCUACUACGCCGACCUCAAGGAGCCCAACAUGUUCCCCUUCGUGGUGCUGGGCAACAAAGUGGACGUGGACCAGCGCCAGGUGUCCGGGGAGCACGCGCAGCGGUGGUGCCGUGACAACGGAGGACUGCCUUACUUUGAGACCAGCGCCAAGGAUUCCACCAAUGUGGCAUCAGCUUUUGAAGAAGCCAUCCGUCUGAUCCUCACGCGGGACGAUCGCGCGGACCACCUCAUCCACACCAACACGGUGGACUUGAGUAGGAAGAGCGUCACCCAUUCCAGCUGCUGCUGAAGCGCUCCCACUUUUGUUCCUCUUUGUUUCUUUGGCCUAUGUUUGCUUGUGGUGGUGUGACCUGGUUUUGCUCCAUGUACCUCACUUGGUUGCUUUAAAUUGCACUCGAAAUACAGCUUAGUUCCUGACCACCAUUGUCCCGUCACACUUUGAUUUGAGAACUUAAAACGCUGUCUUGUACGUUAUAGAUAUAGAUAUAGAUAGAUAGAUAGAUAGAUAUAUGGUAUAUAUGGUAUAUAUGGUAUAUAUAUACUGCCCCCUAGGGUUCAGACUGAGACACUACUUAAGUGAAAUCCUUUGUUACAGGCGACAUCUACUGAACGUCAACAAUGUUACAAAAACAUGCUGUUGAAGUUUAACAUUUCAACAAUAACAAAUCGAUAUUCUAAAAAGUGUUAUACUAGACCGAAACAUACACCAUGUUCAAGAAAAGUUUGUUUUUUGUGUGUUUGAACAAUAUAUUCUAUUUUAAUAUUCUAUAUUAAAGAACAUUUUUAUCACAAAGA